AUGGACACGAGCAAGCUCAAGCCCAACGACCCAAGGGUCACAAGCCACACCGAGACCAUUCGCGGCAAGAAAUAUCACUACAUUGUUGGCGAGCCCCAGGGUACCAAGGUCGGCACCAUGCUACUGGUGCACGGCUUCCCGGACAUGGGGUUCGGCUGGCGCGCUCAGGUCCCCUACUUUAUGUCUCGCGGCUACCAGGUCAUCGUGCCGGACAUGGUCGGCUACGCGCGUACCGACGCUCCGGCCGACCUGAGCCACUACACCUUCAAGAGCACGGCGGCCGACAUGGCGGAGCUCGCGCGCAAGUUUGUCGGGCCGGACGGGCAGAUUGUGCUCGGCGGGCACGACUGGGGCGGCCUCGUCGCGUGGCGCCUGGUGGACCGGUACCCGGCGCUGGUACGGCGCGCCUUUGUCGUUUGCACGCCGUACAUGAAGCCAAGCACGCAGUACACGCCGCUCGAGGACCUCAUCAAGGCGGGCAUCCUGACCAACUUUACCUACCAGCUGCAGUUUGGCGGACCCGAGGUCGAGGAGCGGGUGCAGGGCCGCGACCGCAUCCGCCAGAUGCUCAACGGCCUGUUUGGCGGGCAGGGCCCCAACGGCGAGCUGGGCAUGCGCGUGAGCAGCGGCGUCGUCUUUGAGAACCUCGACAAGCUGGGCCCGUCGCCGCUGUUGUCGGCCGACGAGCUCGACUUUUACGCCGACGAGUACGCGCGCCAGGCGGCCCCCGAGCUGCGCGGGCCGCUCAACUGGUACCGCACGCGCAAGCUCAACUUUGAGGCGGACCGCGAGCUGGCGACCGAGGGCAGGGGCAAGGUGCCGGUGCCGUCGCUGUUCAUCGCGGCCAGCAGAGAUGCGGCGCUGCCGCCCGCCUUGUCCAGUGCCAUGGACGAGCAGUUCGAAGACCUCACCAAGGCCGAGGUGGACGCUUCCCACUGGGCGCUGGUCGAGAAGGCGGAUGAGGUGAAUAGCAUUGUCAGCGAGUGGUUGGAGAAGAAGGCGUCGACCAAGGCAUCGCUUUGA